UCUAGCGCGGGGGACUGGCUCUCGCGCGCGCGUGUUUGUGCGCGCGCAGGGGGACGGGGCUGCACAGGCGCUUUGCCCUGUAUGCGCUGCGGUGCACGGGCGGCGGCAGGAGCAGCGGCCAGCCAGGGAGGGGAGACGGGAAGCAGAAGGAGGGGCCUUGCUUUCGCCGCCGCUCGGCCCGAGCUAUGCACCUGCUGGCACCUGCGACGACGGCGGCGGCGCCCUGAGACGGCCCCGCGCAGCGCUGCCCUUCUUGCUCCAUGGCGCUGCUGCCCGGCCCUUGUCGCUCGCUUGCCCCAGGCAUGGCUCCUGCGCAGCGAGCUCCCUGCCCCGGCGGUCGAGCGUGAGGCGUCGAUUGCUGCUCGAAGAGGCCUCUCGAGACGCGCGGCGGGGGAAGCGGCCGCUCCGGACUGAGCCGCCAAGGGCUCCUAGACAGCCGGGGCGCAGCCUUCCGCGGACUUCGCCAGGAGUCGCGCCCGCUGUCGCUCCCCGCCUACCCGCUGCCUAGUUGGGGCUCCCCGUUUGGGAGGCUGAUGGUGGAGGGGCGACCCGGCGGGCGGCAGCUGGAGCGGGGAGGGGCCGAGGGAGCAGCCGGCGGCUCCCUCUCCGGUGUCAGGCUGCCACCAGCCCAGCCUUCGGGUGACCUUUGACUGGGACAAGCGGAACUGGACGUAUCGUGCUUCUCGACGCUGCCCUCCAUGCCCCCCUUCCCCGUUGGGUCUUCCGUGAAGAAGAAGCCGCUGUCGGGACCAUCCGGCUCCUCUGCUUGUCCGGGCCCGGAGUAGCCCGCAUGGGGGGCCCAGCAGGCCGAGGACUAGACUGGAUGUAAUUCGGGCGCCUCCUGGGCUCAGAAACAGCGAGGGGGUUCUCUGGCGCUAGGCACAGGCCGCGUCGGUGGGGCAGGAGGCGAGGCCCCGGGCCCCUGUCAUGGGGCAGCUGCUGUGGCCUGAGGAGAGGCCAGGAACCACGCUGGGGUGGUAAGAGGCUUCUUCCGUCUAACGCCCUCUUGGCUUGGCCCGUAGCGCGGACCCUCUCCUGCUGCCAGGAUGGAGACCAAGAUACCACCGGCAGUCACCCCCACCAGCCCUUCGUCCCCAGGGCUGUCCCCGGUGCCACCGCCAGAUAAAGUGGACGGCUUCUCCCGGCGCUCGCUGCGCCGCUCUCGCCAGAGGCGCUCCCACAGUUCCUCCCAGUUCCGGUACCAGAGUAACCAGCAGGAGCUCACACCUCUUCCUUUGUUGAAAGAUGCUCCCGUUUCGGAGCUGCAUGACCUUCUGUGCAAGAAGCUCCAGCAGUGCUCCAUCCUCUUCGAUUUCCUGGAUUGUGUUGCUGACCUGAAGGGCAAGGAGAUCAAGCGAGCAGCCCUCAAUGAACUGGUGGAGUGUGUGGCCACUAACCGUGGCAUCCUCAUUGAGCCGCUCUACCCUGAGAUCAUCAAGAUGAUCUCUGUCAAUAUCUUCCGGACGCUUCCACCCAGUGAGAACCCUGAGUUUGACCCUGAAGAAGAUGAACCCAACUUAGAGCCCUCUUGGCCGCAUCUGCAGCUUGUUUAUGAGUUUUUCCUCCGGUUCCUCGAGAGUCCAGACUUCCAGCCCUCUGUUGCCAAGCGCUACAUAGACCAGAAAUUUGUAUUGCUGCUACUGGAGCUCUUCGACAGUGAGGACCCCCGAGAGCGUGAAUACCUCAAGACCAUCCUCCACCGUGUCUACGGCAAGUUCCUGGGUCUGCGCGCCUACAUCCGCAAGCAAUGCAACAACAUUUUCUUGCGGUUUAUUUACGAGACAGAGCAUUUCAAUGGUGUGGCGGAACUGCUGGAGAUUCUGGGCAGCAUCAUCAAUGGCUUCGCCCUGCCUUUGAAGACGGAACACAAGCAGUUUCUGGUACGAGUCCUCAUUCCGCUUCACUCAGUGAAAUCCCUCUCCAUAUUCCAUGCCCAGCUGGCCUACUGUGUGGUUCAGUUUCUAGAAAAAGAUGCCACGCUGACAGAGCAUGUGAUCCGUGGGCUGUUGAAAUUUUGGCCAAAGACCUGCACGCAGAAGGAGGUGAUGUUCCUGGGAGAGAUAGAAGAAAUCUUAGAUGUUAUCGAACCCUCGCAAUUUGUGAAGAUUCAGGAGCCGCUUUUCAAGCAGGUGGCUCGAUGCAUCGCCAGCCCUCACUUCCAGGUUGCAGAGCGGGCUCUGUAUUUCUGGAACAACGAAUACAUCUUGAGCCUGGUGGAGGAUAACUGCAACACAGUGCUGCCCACCAUCUUCGGCACGCUCUAUCGUGUCUCCAAGGAGCACUGGAACCCGACCAUUGUUUCUUUGGUCUACAAUGUCCUCAAGACCUUCAUGGAGAUGAAUGGGAAACUCUUUGAUGAACUCACAGCCUCCUACAAGGUGGAGAAGCAGCAAGAACUGAAGAAGGAGAAGGAGCGGCAGGAGCUGUGGCGGCAACUGGAUGAACUUCGGCUGCGGAAGCUGCAAGGACUGGAGGAGGCCAAGAUGAACCGCCUGAACCUGCAGCACAGCUUGGCUGUGCAGAGGGGAGAGGCGAGCUAGGAGGCCCCUCUCACCGGGAAUCCCCCCUGCUGUGGCUUGGGAGCAACACACACUGGUGCAGUCCUUCAUCCUAUACAGCCAACCCCACUCGCCAGGCCUGUGCCAAACCAGAGCUCAUGCCCUCUGCCCUUCCUGUUGGUGGGCAUGGCUCCCUUCCCCACUGCCCCACAGGGAUUGUUGAGGCCCCCAUUCAACACCUGGAGUCUGUGGCUUCUGGGGAAGGGCACUGCUGUAUUGAGAAGAAGGGGAGAAGAAUCAGGAGGAUCUCUACUGCUGUUUUUGAUGCUUCCUAAAAUGGGGGUGCAUGGGAAAAGAAUGUUCUCAGAUGAUGGGGAGCUAUACCGGGGGGAGGGGGGGAGCGCUGUCAUUGCCCACGACACAGGCUUGGAGCCAUUGUCUAGGCCGAGAUGGGGAAGAGAGCACGGUUCCCAUGGCGAUAGUAAGCAAUAGACCUCCUGAUCCAAAGUUUCACCUCCUGAGUGGAGGUUCCAGUGGGCAGAGGCUUAAUGCAGUGGGGAAGAAUCAUUUUUUGAUACCCUGUUGGGGGCGUACACAUUGCAGGCUUUCCUGCCCUAGAUGUUGCCUCUCUCUUUCAUGAGGUGAGGCCCCACUCCUCUUCCACAAUGGUGUUGGCAAGGUGGCCCUUGAUCCUUGCCCCCCCUGUGAGUGGAAGACGUAGCCUUGCUUUUGUCUCCCCCUCCCAGAAGGAGAGAUGGGGAACCAUGUUAAUCCUCCUUGGCAUGACAGGGGAAGGGGGGUUCCUACCAUAGUAGAGGUGAGAGCAGCGUGUGGCUGAGUGUGUGUGUAAAUCUGGGCCUCUGCAUGCUAUUAGGAGGAGGAGAGGGAGUGGCUUUGCCCUCCUGUAUUUAGAGCUGGAGGUACUGAGAACAGCCUCUCCUGUUCAGCAUUUGGGACUGAAAGAAAUUCUGCCUCCUCCCAAAUCAUUUUAUUGGGCUUUUCCCCCCCACUUUUUUUUUUUUGCAUCCUGUGGUCGGGUGUGUGGUUGCGUGUGUGUUUGUGACUGAACUUAGCUGCACUUUUGCUUGGAUACUCAUGGCCCUUAGACGGAGUGUAGCAUAUUCUCUUCACACACACCCUCCCUCCCUGCUUCCACUGGGCUUGUUUUUUAGCCAUGAAUAGAAAUUUGGAGGGGAGGGGUGCUAAGAAAAGGGAGAGGGGUGCUCAAAUUCCUGCACUUUAGAAGAGCUGGAUGUUGCACAGGUAGAAACCGUUGAUGGUUCUGCAGGUCUUCCAGCAUUUGAAUAAGGAAGAGGGGGGAGGUCGAAGCGCUAGACUGUACCAUCUUGGGAAGUGGGAAGGGGGGCAUGGUUGCUCAUGAUUCUCUCAGGUGUUAGAAUAUUCUCUGCCCAUCUUGAAGGAAAAGGGGGACCUAAGAGACUCUAAAAACACAAUUUGCUGUUUGAAAUCGAAUAUAGCAUCUUUAGCCCAAAAGGCUUUUAAGGAUUGCAGGACCACAAGUUCUACAUCUUGGGUUUAUGAUAUUAUUUCUUUCCCCUCUCCCCCCACAAAGUUUUGGCCGGGGGCAAGGUGAAUGCUUCCCCCCCCUUUCCUCACUAGGCAUGAUGACGUCAAUCAUUCUCUGUAUCAAGGAAUAGUCACGGGGUGGUUCGUUUGGGAGAGGGUGGGCGGGGUUGCGUGUAUUACAGUUUAUUUUUUAGUAAAACACUGAAGCCUAUCGGCAACCGUAGACACCAGGCGCACCUUUUCUGUAGUCUUUUUAGAUGAUGCCUCAAGGGCGUAGUUUCCACAGGAGGAGGCCUUGAGGUCCGGGGGGGGGGGGUUGGGCUGCAGAAGAGAGCUAUUUUGGUGGGGGUGGGGGAAGUCUAUUUAUUACAAGUUUCGCUACCAUGAGCCCUCCCUGCCCUCGUUUUCCUUUUGCUGGACGAGUCUGUAUUCAAUAAAAAUAAAGUUUCAUGUCA